CAGCUGGUCAUGAAACCACAAGUACUGCACUUUCAUGGGCAUUAUACUUACUUGCAAAGCAUCCAGAAGUUCAAGAUUGUCUUCAUCAAGAAUUAUUGGAAGCUUUACCAGAUCCUAAUUUGGAAGCAUCAUUUGAUAAAAUAAAUUCCUUGGAAUAUUUAAAUUGUGUAUUCAAAGAAACUAUGAGAUUCAUUCCAACAG